AUGGCGCGGCUCGCUUUAGAUUCUGUGCCUGGCCUUGACCGGAACCCAGUUCAUGAGCCAACUUGCUACCGGUGCGGCUACCCUUGGCUGGGCCAUGUUGAAUCCCUGGGACCCUACAACAAGUGGUGCCUCAGACGUUGGGCAGCGGGCAUCAUUGUGACUUUCACGGAUCCCGUGACCUUGGAUCCUUUCAUCCUCUUCGGGAAGGAGCGCCGCGUGGAUGGAGGCUACAACGUUUUCUGGGGGUUCGGUGAGCUGCACGAGCAGGAUCCUCGCCAAACUGCGGCACGGGAAACUUGUGAAGAGGCUCUAGGAAUCUUGGGCAGCGAGCAAGAGAUCCUUGCAUCCAUUGCGGGGCAGGCAAGUGCUGAUGCUGAAGUGCCCUUAUUUCUGCUUGACAUUGGUGCUCAGCAGAUUGCAUCACUUGCGGAGAUGUACCACGAGAGGCGGCAGCUUUGGACUUCGGCUGCUCAGAGUCUCAAGCCGCUCGCGCAGGCAAAAAUGCAGCCGGGAGGUGAUGUCAUGGACGCGCUCUUCGCCGUCCCGGCUCAGGAGUUCCUGGCGGCAUGCCACCAGAUGCAGGGAUGGCGCGGAGGCAAAGGAGGUAGAGCUUCUGUCUCGCUGCACGCGCUCAACGGUGGCUCAGUAUGCUUGCCCAAGGUUGAAGGGAUGCGGGUAUCCAAGAAGGGUGCGACCUCCUCAGGAGGACUGCGACCAAGGCCGCCAGCAGUUCACGUGGCAAGCCUCUUGGCCAGGCCUCGGACUGAGACAGCCUUCAAGCUCCGCAGCUUCUGUUUGCAAGGACGGGGAGACCACCUGCUUCCUCAGCAUACUUUGAACGCCGCACCAAUUCCGGGAGUUUCGUGGGACGGAGUUGCAGACGGAUCAAUGCUGGCGGCACAGGCAAUCUUCUCCGCGACGUGGACUGGGCCACAUGGAAGUAGUUCGGCCUUCACCGUCGAGUCGCUUGCAGAUGCCUGCGCCAAGUACCUCAGUAGCUUCAGUGAAGCGAAUGUCAAGCUUUACUUGACCGCCUGGAUGUUGCGAGCUACAGACUCGCCUCAACAGGCCAAGCUUGCUGCAAGACACAUCGUGAGAUUGGCCCGGUGCCUGCCCGUGAUCUCACUCGUGAAUGAACAGGCAGCCAUCAUGCUGGGCCGUGCACGACAGCGCGUAGACGCGUCUCUUGCUGCGAUAGGCCACGAGAAGAGCGACCACGAAAGCUUGACUUCUUGUUAUCAGUUCCUUGCAGGUGCAUGCUUCGUCAACGAGCUGGUCAAGGUCGGCUGUUGUGGCACCAUGCCGGCCAUGCGGACCACUGAUGUGGACCAGGCGAGGCAACACCUUGAAUCAGCCUGGGCUCAGUUCAAGCCGGCGUGGCUGCCACCGGCUGCAGAGGAGGCGGCCAAGGAAGUGGCACGAGACAUCGCAAGCAACAGGAUCAAGAAGGCAGAUGGUGGUUGA